AGUAGUUGUGUCGGGUAUUUCGUUGGAAAGCUUCGGUGUGUUCAGUCAUGUUGUUCGAUAGCUGAAAUGAUAUCGGUGUCUAUUUGCGUGUGAAAUUCAGUUUAAGCAAUGCUGUGUAGUGAAUCCCGUGAACGUAGUAUGUUUCCAUCCUAUAAAACAGAAGACGGUACGAUCGGAGUGACCCAACAGACGCGUUUGCAAUAGGCGCUGGUUGGGCAGAGAGGCUGUUUUUGUGUAAUUCCAGCUCGGUGGUGAAAAAUCAGUGCAAUAAGAAUUGAUCUUAAAGAAUCCCUUUUCAAUCUUGAGUGUGUGUGUUUGUGUGUGGUGGAUGUGAUUUAAGGUGCUAAUAAUCUGUCUUGUACUUGUGCAAAACUGUGCUUUUGCUGGAGUUUUUUGUGAAUGGUGUGAAACGUAGCGGAUAAAACCAUAAUCUUGCCGAGUAUAAAGGGCGGACAACUUCUAGGCUGUUGUAGAGUUGUCAGAAAAUUGUUCAAGUGAUACGGAGAAACGGUUGAGCUAAGACUCUGUCACGAUUAUCAUCCCAAUGGAAGAUCCAAACCGAAUGAUGGGAGGUCACGGUGGCUUAAUGCCACCGAAUUAUGGUAUGCCGACGAACGACGGGCAAACGGGAGUGGACAAUGAUCCUCGCAAGCAAGAUAUCGGCGAAAUAUUACAGCAAAUUAUGAACAUCACCGACCAAUCGCUGGACGAAGCACAGGCCCGCAAACACACACUGAACUGCCACAGGAUGAAACCGGUUUUGUUUGCUGUGUUAUGUGAAAUCAAAGAAAAAACAGUUCUGUCGCUGCGAAACACUCAGGAAGAAGAGCCUCCGGAUCCGCAGUUGAUGCGUUUGGACAACAUGCUGAUCGCUGAAGGUGUUGCUGGUCCGGAAAAGGGCGGUGGUGCAGGUGCGGAUAGUGCCGCGGCAGCAAUGGCCGCUGCCAACGAUUUUCUGUCGCAAUCCGAUCUAACCGGUGGGCAAGAUAAUGCGAUCGAGCACUCCGACUAUCGGGCAAAGCUGGCACAAAUUCGUCAGAUUUAUCACCAGGAGCUCGAAAAGUACGAACAAGCCUGCAGCGAAUUUACCACGCACGUCAUGAACUUACUAAGAGAGCAAAGUCGUACAAGGCCUAUUACGCCGAAAGAGAUCGAACGAAUGGUGCAAAUCAUCCAUCGCAAGUUCAGCUCCAUCCAGAUGCAGCUCAAGCAAUCAACCUGCGAAGCCGUUAUGAUCCUGCGCUCCCGAUUCCUGGAUGCCCGAAGAAAGAGACGUAAUUUCAGCAAGCAGGCUUCUGAAAUUCUCAACGAGUACUUCUACAGCCACCUCAGUAAUCCUUAUCCGUCAGAAGAAGCCAAGGAAGAGCUAGCGAGAAAAUGUGGUAUCACGGUUUCCCAAGUGUCUAACUGGUUCGGAAACAAGCGUAUUCGCUACAAGAAAAACAUCGGCAAAGCGCAGGAGGAAGCUAAUCUUUACGCUGCUAAGAAGGCGGCUGGUGCAUCGCCGUACUCAAUGGGCGGGCCACCGAGUGGUGCCGCCACACCAAUGAUGUCCCCUGCCCCGGCGCAAGACUCGAUGGGAUAUUCGCUCGGAUCCGGUGGUUACGAUCAGCAGCAACCCUACGAUGGCAGUAUGGGCUACGAUCAAUUGCAUCAGGAUCUCAGUCCAUGAAUUGCAGUUAGUGAACGCUAAAGGAAAGAAAAGGUUCAACAAUUCCGUACGCUAACGCCCGUUAGUGGCACCUCUAAUACCGACAGUAGUAAUUUCUGUUCCCAAAUUUCAUACACAUGUUGUUUUGCAACAUUUGUCACUAUAAAUAUUAUGCAACCUACCACAUUCACACAACCACACACACACACAGCCACCGAGUCACAACACGAAAUGAUGUACACCUGGGACAGCUCCGCCAAACGUGCAAAUAAUGUUAGUGUGGGCUAAUUAGGGAAAAUUGAACUCUAAUUUUACUUCCAACAAUCAAAUAGCAUCACAACUUCAAACUAGGAAGAAGUAUACGGAUAGAUUGCAUUCAAUAGACUAAAGUAUAAUAAAGUAAAAUAAAGUGAGUUAGUCGGUGGGGCAGAAUAUUUUGGAUUCUGCCAAGCUAUAACUAUUCACCACAACUCGUUAGGUCGUGCGUGCGUGCGUUGCGUAUGCACGCGGAUGGGAGAGACGACACAUUCUUGCAAAUCUCCUUUCAAAUAGUGUUAGAUAAUAUGAACUAGGUAAAAGCAUCGCGAGAGAAAAAGCUGCACUCGGUAAAAAACAAUCGUUGGAUUUUUAUUGUAUGUAACAAUGAUCAUACGUAAAACCGAAGAGCAGUGGAUGCAUUACGAAUGGUGGAUUGUGAUGUUCUGUUACUAGAAAACCGCUCUUUUUGUCUGCUUUUAGCACAACAGUGUUGAUUGGGACCUAAACCAUCGAUACUAUUGUAAUUUCUACUGUUUUUGGAUUAUUCUUUCUUUUUUCAUUCGUUCGGUAUGUUACCUGCCAUUGAAUACGCCGUUUCAUGUAAGCAGAAUCUCAUAAAUUAAGUAAACUUUUUCCGCUUAUGCUUUUCAUGGUAUCACGUUUAAUGCAAGAAAACGGUUAUUCUUGUUUGGUUCUUUGGUCAGCUAAUGCUGCACCUUCAGCAUUGAUAGUUUUUGGUUUAAUCGAGCAUGUGUGUUGCCCAAAGGUGGAAGAAGAAGAACACAAACGAAAAAAGGAACAUUGAAAAUGAGCGAGUGAGUGAGUUAACGAACAAAAACAAAAACAAAAAGGCGCUAUAUUUUUCAGAUAUUAUUUGAGGACAUUGAAUACAAACAAAAAUGAACCCGAAGAGUGGUGUAAUCGUAGGUAAAGCAUGGAAAACAAAACUACUGUGUAUACCAUUAGUUCAUAGGAUUGCAUAAGGCCGAUAAUAGCAGCAACAGCAAUAAAUCGAUGGAUGGAUGCAAGAGCAAAGCAAAUACAAAAAGAACGAGGUAAAAACAGAACAGAAUGCUUGCAAAACGCAGUACACACGAGAGAUGAACAUCUUAUGAACCUGACACUAAAAUACAUCCACACAACAAUUGUAACCACAUCGAAGUUGGAAUUGAAAAGGUGAGAAACAUUGUCUCAUGUAAUAAACAAAAGGAACCCCCCCGUACAUCCAUAAACAUGCAUGCAAGGGUGUAGCACGCACGGAAUUCAGCCAAACUGUGGAAAAGUUAUACAUUUAAAAGUAUAUAUAUAUUUCGUAUAAAAAGUUCAAACCAUGAACAGCAGCAGCGGGAGGUGGGUUCGGCAAUCAGAAACAUUAAAGGAAAAGGAAUGAGCGACAAAGGAAGGCCGACAUGGAUCGUGAAGUAGAGGAUGCGUGCAGUUUUGGCAGAAAUACCAAGCGACUACCAUUGCUACCACACUACACUACCACCACUACUGGGUACAGUACAUCGGGCAAAUAAUACGCAAACUCUCUAGCGCGGGUAGUCAAGGGCACCGGUUGCAAUGUUUGCGGUGCAAAAACAUUCAAAUUAUAUACGUAAUUAAAUCAUAAUGUUUGAUAGUAAGAGACUCUCCACCAAGCCUAGAGAGAGGAGGGGGGUCAUUAGGUACUAAUGCGUGGGAAGAAAUCGAUGAAGAGGAUUUAUACUAGCAGAGACGACGUAUUCGACUGGAGAAGCCUCAACUUUUAAUAAGGUAUCAUUUAAUUUUCGUUUCUUUAUUUUUCGUUCGUUCAUUUCUUGUUUGAUUUUCUGAUUUGUGAGACGUAUACUUUUACUUCCACAACCAACUGUGGGUGUGCGUGUGUGCCUUUUGUUCGCUUUCUUAUGCGUUGUCCCUUUUUCAAAUUAUAUUGUCUCUGUUCUGUUCUAUCAAGCACAGUGAAGAUGGUAGGAAUGUUCAACAAAUAUUGUGUAUGAAAUUUAUAACAACAUUUGUUUGUUUAGAAGAGUUUUUGUUGUUGUUGUUCUGUUUUUAUCAGUGGGUAGUUAGAGCAAAGAGAGCUUCCAAAUGUCUAACACUGGAUAUUAUCGGUAGCUUGAUUACGAUGCCUCUAGCGAAAAACACGCACACGCACUCAUUCAAUAUAAACAAACAAACAAAAAAGAAACACAAGAAAACGUCUAAAACGUCAACGACAAUAUACGUACGGAAUGUAUCUAAAUGCAAAACCUUCUAGAAAUAUUCAGUGAACAUGUGGCUGAAAUGUGGCCGUAUGGUUAAAACUGACACACAUACACAAACACACACACAAACACUCACGAUACUUAAAACUAGCAAAAAGUGUUGUUGGGUCGCUUAUGCAGCGAUGCAAACAAAGAGAAGCAAACAAAUCAUUUGUAUACGAAUUAUUAAGGAAGCAAUUUAAAAGAAAAGGACUAUUCAUUACACACCACAAAACGAUACCGAUACACGUUUGUGAAUAGUGAAAGUGUAUGUGUGUGUGUGUUGUGCGGUAACAAAAGGAGUAAAUUAAAACAGCGAGAAUAGUAGGCGGCGGCAUACAAAGGUGUGUGUAGAGUAGUAGCUUGCGGAACAAAAUGCACACAACCACACACGCACACACACACACACACAAUAUAGAACAUAUUGAAAUUUAUUUUCUAUGACGACGAUGUUGAUGGUCAGUCGUUUGGAAGCAAGUACGUACACGAAGAAAGCUGUACAUGUCCUCUGCCAUAGGGGACAUGCUGUCGAAUAAUGGUAAUGUUUGUUGAUACUUCUCAACACCACAUAGCAAAUUACUUAAACAUGUACAAACGAACAAAGGCACAAGGGCAAGUCGUAUGUUUAGCGGAGUUUUAUGUGCAAGUGUGUGUUAUUUUUUUUUUCUUAAACCAAGCGGAUGCUCCGCAACCAGCCUGCUACACCUACAACCAUUUGUUUCAACGAAAUCCUUUUACCUUUCGUUGCCCCUGAAAUGUGUUGGAAUAUUUUGCAAUGCUGCAACUCGGUAAUUUAAUCCUGUCUGUCUCACAACAGUGCUUAGAAGAAAACGAACAAACAAACAAACAAACAAAAACAACAACAUUAGAUACAAGACAGAAAGUGAAACAAACCUAUUAAGCGUGGAAGAAAAUGGAUUUAUCUAUGGAAAACUAAGACUCCCUCAGGUAUACGAAAAAAGCCCGCCACGCGUUCUCGGACGAUGGCGGCAGAAGGAUGUGAAACAUGUAAAUUCACGUUGUGUGUGUGUGUGUCAGCUUUAAAUGCAUCUUGCAAUUGAUUAUUAGAUUCGCAUUCGUGGUAGCAGCACGGGAACGUGCUCUGUUGCAAUACAGUUUGCUCUUCAUCAUUUCCUUUCUCUCAAGUUUACUGUCAACACCUUUUACAAAUCGGUGUUGCUAUCUUAACCAUCUGAUUUGUUCUUUUCAUUCUAGCUUGAGGCUAGAAUUCUCUAUGCCCGUAUUCGAAUUGGUGACAAACCUAAUGCAAAAUCACUCAAUACCGCGCGAGAGAGAUCAUGCAAACAAGGCGUUUAGUGUCUUCUGUUUGUUUGUUUUGUUUUUUUUAACAUCUAAACAAUGUAUUUACAUCACACCACAAACCAUUAAUUGCAAUUAUUGUAGUGCGCUCAUAUGAACGAAUGUCUUCAAGCAUGUAUAUGAUGUCUGCUGCUGCGCACAUGUCUGUCUGUCACUGGAGGAUGAUGCAAGUGCGCUGGCCAGUACACGCUGCGUGCGUGAACUUGAGAACACUGGAUUCUCGCCCGUAGAAACUAAGCAAAAAAAGCAUCAAGCAAAACAAACAAAACCUACGAACAAAGCACGUAAGAAACAGAGCACACAACUAAAAAACGGAAGGAACGGCGGAAGUAAGAAACGAAAGCAUGUAUACGAAAACGAUUUAAAAAUCUAUCUAUUAAAUUAAAAAUUUUAUGUGUACUUAAUUAUAAUGCUACAGAAUAAUAAAAAAAGAAAGAUAUACUGGCAAUAAAA